AUGACUGGCGUUGGUCAAGCCAUGAAGUCAAAGAAGUUGACGUCGCAUUUUAUUGGUUCGUUUGAGAUUACAGAAAGAGUAGGAGAAGUGGCCUAUCGUAUUGCUUUACCACCGACACUUGCAAAUUUACAUGACGUAUUUCAUGUGUCUCAAUUGAGGAAAUAUGUUGCGGAUCCGUCUAAUUUGAUUCAAGUAGAUGAUGUGCAGGUAAAGGAUAAUCUGAAAAUCGAGACAUUACCUAUGAAGAUCAAAGAUCGAAAGUUGAAGCAAUUAUGUGGUAAAGAAAUAGCUUUGGUCCGAGUAGUUUGGGGAGGAGCAGCAGGUGGGAAUGGUGACAUAUUUACUACAAGUGAAGUUGUUAUCGAUGAAUCUGUUUAUGCAGCUGAUACUCUUGACAUCCCGGCUGCCCCAAGCACUCCUUCCAUUGAGCAGCCACCUUCCCCCGAGCUGAAGCAACUUCUUGGAAAUUUGAAAUACGCUUAUUUAGAGAGUAAUGAAAAACACCCAGUUGUAAUUUCUUCUAACCUUGAUAUUGAUCAAGAAAAUGAACUUUUGUAG